AUGCACGCCUCUUACAUUUCUCUGGCCCUCUUUGCCAUCGGCGCUAUCGCCGCACCCUCUGCCCCCAAGCCCAGCAGCGGCUUCGGGGAUAUGGCUGGUGGAUUCCCCUUCAACCCAUCCGGUUCAUCCUCCGUCGAGGACCCCGACAGUGAUGGAUUCGACAACCCCUUCCCUGCUGCCAUGCAAGCCUUGGAGCAGGCCGAGUCUGCCCAAGUGGCCACUCCUACUACCUCCGCCACCCAUGCUGCCAUGGUCAAGGCCACUCACGCCCCCAUGAGUUUCCCCGCUCCCGCCGUGUCCCAGGCACCAGUUGCAGCCCCUGCUCCUGCCAAGGCCAUGGCAUCCCCCUCCGCCAUGUCUUCCGCCAGCCAUGGCCUUGUCCACCCCUCUGCUAAGCCCUCUGCUAAGCCCUCUGCUAAGCCAUCCGCUAAGCCAUCCGCUAAGCCAUCCGAUAAGCCCUCCGCUGCCAAGCCUUCCUCCGCUAAGGCUUCCUCCUCUGCUUCUCCCUCUUCCAGCGCCGCUCCUUCUCCCAGCGCAGCUGCCCCCGCUGGUCCUCUUGGUGACCUUGUUCAGGGUCUACCCCUUGUUGGAGGCCUCGUCGGUGCCCCCAUUGCUGGUCUUGGCCUUCGCCGCUAA